AUGACGGGAGCUCCGCCGUACUCCUCGCGCUCGCCGUCCCAGCAGGCUCGCUAUCUCUCCUACUCGCCGUCGCGGGACCGUCCAUACUCUGGCUCAGAUGCCUCUUCCUACCAGCAGCAGCAGCAGCAGCAGCAGCAGCAACAACAACAGCAACAGCAACAGCAACAACAGCAUCAGCAACAGCAGCAACAUGGGCAGCAGCAUCCGCCCCAUACGCCGCCUGGCUUCGGUGCAGCUAGCCGAAGUCCGCACUACAAUCACCCUACAUCGCCCAUGAACACCACUUUGCCGCCCUUGAAUGGCGCGGAGCCUUCGCCGGCUUACCACGCUAGCCAUCCGGCCUCCAACCAGCCCGGAUACUCCUUACCACGACCGUACAGCAGCUCGCUGAUGUCGAAUUCAGCUCACUCGCCGACUCCGGGCAUCUUCAACCAUACGCCUACCCACACGCGUCCAGGAAGCAUGGGAGACACCGUCAUGCACUCUCCAAAGCGCGAGCCUGAUAUCCCUAUCGACUCGCGCUCAGGAAAUCCCAUCUACUCGACUUCUCAGCCUUCCAUGGCCCGCGAGGCAAGAGCUACUACUCCAAAGGAAUCUAAACCUGCAAGAGCUACGGAUCCCAUGUCCUUUGCCAGCAUUCUCUCAGGCCCGGCAGAAGAACGCCCUCGAAAGGCCUCUGUCCCGCCAGUCAAGGCCAGUGAACCGCCAUCCCGGCCUGUCGCCGCACCUGCUCCCAAACCGGCUCCCAAACCAGCUUCCAAGCCCGAGCCCAGGGUGCUAGAGUCCGAUAAACGACGCCGGCAUCACAACUACGACUCUGCAUACAGUGAAAUUGCGCCAAAACCCGUUGCGAAUGGCGCAGCUCCUGCAAAACCUGCAACUCCCUUGGCUCCUACGAAACAGCCUUCUUCACAAUCUCGGAGCGAGUCAAAUGCCGCCAGUGCGCUGGAACGCUUGGAUAAUAUUGACAAGAGCGACCUCGAAGCUCCUGGAUUUGAAGAUGAGUGGCACCGAUAUAUCAUUAAAGGGAGAAAACGCGCUAGAGAGGCGGAAGCACAGGAUAAUCAGAAGAGAAAGCGCCGCCGAGCCAACUUUUUGGGUAAACUAGCCCGUGUGUUUGAGAAACAAGCCAUGGCUGGCACCGAACGCUUUGCUAGGCUCCAUGAAGCUGAAGUGAUAGAGGAAGUUCAGCAAAAGGAGAUCAUGGAUGAAAAGGAACGCAAAAAGGAUAUGCAGCGGAAACGGCGGCGUGAGAAUACUGUUCGUGCUGAGAUGGAGAAGAUCCAAGCCGCCCAGAAGAAGGUCAGCAAGAUGGAAGACGAUGCCGAGAAAGAGAAACUGCAACGUGAAAUUGCCCGGUCUCGCAAGAAGAUUAAACACACAAAACAUGUUCUCGAGACCGGAUCUGCUCCCCAGGAGAUCAGUGAAGUAGCUCCUCUGUCGCCAAAUCUUGAGGGCGGCACCACAGGUUCAUUCCAUACUCGUGACAAGCCUUCUCCCAGCAAGAAAAGACCGAGCAAAGGUGGCUCCGCUGCUCGACCCAAGAAGACCAAGGAACAAAAACAGGCUGAGAAGGAUGCCGCAGAGGCUGCCUAUGCCGCCAUGGAGGGUGAAGAACCAUCUGCAUCCGCCUCCAAGGACAAGAAGCCGGCCGCGAAAAAGGAGGCCAAGGCCUCAAAGGAACCCACGCCCGCACCUGUUGCGACAUUCGACACCAAGGGAUACACUCAACUAUACGAACAAAUCUGGAGAGAUAUGGCUCGCAAGGAUAUUCCCAAGGUUGCUCGUAUGAAGACCACCUCUCUCAAUAUUCGUCAGGAGAACUGCCGCAAAACAGCACAACUCGCCAGCAAGCAGGCAAGGAAAUGGCAAGACCGUACCAAUCGCAGUACCAAGGAUACCCAGGCCAGAGCCAAACGAACUAUGCGUGAGAUGAUGUCUUUCUGGAAGAGAAAUGAACGUGAAGAGCGUGAUCUGCGCCGAAUGGCAGAGAAACAAGAGCUGGAGCUCGCCAGGAAGGCGGACGCAGACCGUGAAGCCAACCGCCAGAAACGAAAACUCAACUUCCUUAUCUCCCAGACUGAACUGUACUCCCAUUUCAUUGGCCGGAAGAUCAAAACCAGUGAAGCUGAGCAAUCCGGGGAUACCACUGCUGCUCCAGCCGCUGACAGCAAGCCUACCGACGCCGCAAAGGAACCGGAAAGCUCGCUCAAUGUACCCGAAGACGUUGGCGACCUUAGUGCAAAGGUCACCAACUUUGAGGAUCUCGACUUUGAUGCGGAAGAUGACACUGCGUUGAGAGAAGCCGCCAUGGCCAACGCUCAAAAUGCGGUUAAACAAGCCCAGGACCGUGCUAAGGCGUUCAACGAACAGGAUAACAAGAUGGCUGCCUUUGAUGAGGGUGAAAUGAACUUCCAAAACCCUACAAGUUUGGGCGAUGUUCAAGUUGCACAGCCUAAGCUGCUUAACUGCCAACUGAAGGAAUAUCAAUUGAAGGGUCUCAAUUGGCUAGUCAACCUUUACGAGCAGGGUAUCAACGGUAUCCUUGCCGACGAGAUGGGCCUUGGGAAGACUGUCCAAUCCAUCUCCGUCAUGGCGUAUCUUGCUGAAGUCCACAAUAUCUGGGGUCCGUUCUUGGUCAUCGCGCCGGCUUCAACACUUCACAACUGGCAGCAAGAAAUCACCAAGUUUGUACCGGAUAUCAAAGUUCUUCCAUACUGGGGUUCAGCCAAGGAUCGAAAGGUGCUGCGUAAGUUCUGGGAUCGCAAACAUAUCACUUACACCAAGCAAUCCGAGUUCCAUGUCCUGGUGACAUCCUAUCAACUCGUGGUGCUGGACGCUCAGUACUUCCAAAAGGUCAAAUGGCAAUACAUGGUUCUUGACGAGGCUCAGGCCAUUAAGUCCUCACAGAGUUCAAGAUGGAAGAACUUGCUUGGCUUCCACUGCAGGAACCGAUUGCUGCUCACGGGUACACCGAUCCAGAACAACAUGCAGGAACUAUGGGCUCUUCUACAUUUCAUCAUGCCUACACUUUUCGAUUCCCACGAUGAGUUUAGCGAGUGGUUCUCCAAGGACAUUGAAAGUCAUGCACAGAGUAAUACCAAACUGAACGAAGACCAGCUUAAGCGACUACACAUGAUUCUCAAGCCGUUCAUGCUUCGACGUAUAAAGAAGCAUGUCCAAAAGGAACUUGGCGACAAGGUCGAGAAGGACGUCUUCUGCGACCUCACGUAUCGACAGCGAGCGUACUAUGCAAGCCUCCGAAAUCGUGUCAGCAUCAUUGAUCUUAUUGAGAAGGCUGCCACGGGUGAAGAAGCUGAUAGCACUACGCUGAUGAACUUGGUCAUGCAGUUCCGUAAAGUCUGCAACCAUCCUGACCUGUUCGAGCGCGCGGAUACUUCUUCGCCAUACUCCAUGUGUCAUUUCGCUGAGUCCGCUUCUUUCGUUAGAGCGCCGCCGUAUGUUCCCUAUUCGACUCGCAGCCUGAUAGAGUAUGAUCUACCAAGGAUGCUCUGCAACUCUACGGGACGUCUCGACAUUGCUGGACCUGGCAAUAACAAGGCAGGGUUUGAUGAUAAAUACCUCUCACAUUUAAUGAAUGUGUGGUCGCCGCAAAACAUGCGACACAGUCUAAGCAAGGAUGAUGCCUUCUCGUGGCUUAGAUUCACCGACAUUUCGAUGGAAGAGGCCCACUCAAUUUCUAAAAAGGGUGUGUUUGAACGGGCAUUGGAGCGCCAUGGUGUUGAGAACCGUCUGGCACGACUCUCAGUUGUUUAUGAUGACGAUGAAACGAGCACAAAUUCUCUUCUACCGCAUUCGUUAUUCAACAUUGUCGACCGCAACGGCCGGUCGGAGUUGGUGAAACCGGGCUCUUCCGGCUACCUGCGUGAGCUGUACAACGUUACCCAGGCGGUAAUCGAUAACCAAGGAAUUCUUGGAUUCGAACCUUGCGGUAAAUUUGAUGCUAACGCUCCUCCAAUCAUGAUAUCGUCCGCUUCGUCUGUGCCAGGCUUCGAGGCUCAAAAUACCUUCUUCAACAUCCAGGCUCGCCAGGCUUUGAUUGGAUCAACGACUCGAGGCCUCGACGAAGAGAUCCUAAAUCACAAGGUUGACCCCUUGCCUUACUCGUGUGCACCAAUGCUGCCAAAGCCAGGCUCCGCGAAACGAGGAUAUACCAAUAUCACUGUGCCGUCUAUGAGACGCUUUGUCACUGAUUCUGGCAAACUAGCGAAAUUAGACGAGCUUCUCAGGGAACUGAAGAACGGUGGCCACCGUGUACUGCUAUACUUCCAAAUGACUCGCAUGAUUGACUUGAUGGAAGAAUACCUCACCUACCGCAACUACAAAUACUGCCGACUAGACGGUAGUACCAAGUUAGAAGACCGUCGAGACACCGUAUUGGAUUUCCAACAACGGCCCGAAAUAUUCAUAUUCCUCCUCUCCACCCGUGCCGGUGGUCUAGGUAUAAACUUGACUGCUGCCGACACCGUUAUCUUCUACGAUUCCGACUGGAACCCAACAAUAGACUCCCAGGCCAUGGACCGAGCCCAUCGUCUCGGUCAGACAAGACAAGUCACAGUCUAUCGUCUAAUCACCCGUGGAACCAUCGAGGAGAGAAUCCGUAAACGAGCUCUCCAAAAGGAAGAAGUGCAACGUGUCGUUAUAUCCGGCGGUGCAGGCGGCGGCGUUGAUUUCAACACCCGAAGCCGUGAGAACCGUACCAAGGAUAUCGCCAUGUGGCUUGCGGACGAUGAUGAGGCAAAGAUCUUGGAGCAAAAGGAGAAAGAAGCUCUUGAGAAGGGAGAAGAUGCCGCAGCUGCACCUAAGAAGGGUAGAAAGGCUGCUCCCAAGAAGAAGCGGGACGUCACACUGGAUGACAUGUAUCAUGAAGGUGAGGGCCACUUCGACGAUCUUAGUGCCAGACCUUCCGGCACCGCAACACCUCUAUCCGCAGACAUUGAAGCACCUGCUGCAGGGCCAUCAGGCAAGGGAGGUCGUCGACGCGCUCCAGCAAAAGGCUCCUCUAAACGGGCCAAAACCGCCAAAGAACGUCUCCAAUUCAUCGAUGGUGACGACUAA